AUCGAAAACCGAAAAAAAAAAAAAAAAAAAGAGAAAAACUGGCUCGUGACGAAGCGCCUCGCGCUGGAAUCUCCAUGGUGACGUGACACUGGCGUGCAGCACCGCAGCAGCAGAGCGCCGUUAGACGUGAACGAACCGGUGGCGGCGGCGGCGCGCGCGGUGGCGGUGAUGGUGAUGGUGAUGGUGGCGUCACCUCUCGCCUCCUGAUUUCCUUCUCAAGGCGGAUUAUGAAACUGCGUCAGAGAGAAUAAUACACGAGUUUUUAAAGUUAAUUGUGUAUUUUGUGCGUGACAUCCAAAAAAAAAGGAGAGAGAGAGAGAGAGAGAGAGAGAGAGAGAGCGCGUCCAUCCGGGCGCGCGGUGAAUGUGGCCCCUUACAGCCGGAGAGAGGAGAGGACGCACUGGGUGGAGGAUCCGCUGAAAACCCGGCGGCACAGAAACGCGUUUUUAGUUUUGUUUAUUUUAUUUUAUUGUUUGUUUGUUUGUUUUUGUUUUGAUUUUUCUCUCCUCCACCCGUCCUGUGGGUCUUUCUCUCCCGGUCUGGAUGGCUGCUGCUCGUCUCCGCGCGUCCUAGAGAGUUUAAGAAAAGAAAAAAUAACGCUGGAGAUUUAAUUUUAUUUUUUAUUUUUUUUUAUUUAUUUAUUUAUUUUUUUUGCCUGGCCAUGGCUUCGCACGGCUUCUGGUCUCUGGGCGCAGAAAACGGCGGAGACAGCGGCGACCAAAACCCCAUCACGGCCAGGGCUUGGUGCCAAGCGGCGGCCCAGAAAUUCACCGGAGGCAUCGGAUCCAAAUUAUGUGCUCUGCUGAAUGUGGGAGAGGUGGAGAAGAGCGCGGAUGGUGCUGAGAAACGGGAGGCAGUGAGCUGCAACUGCAGCACCAAACCCUGCAACUGCUCCAAAACUAACCUGGGCUUCUCCGAGCUCUACUCUACAGACCUUCUCCCCGCACUGGACGGCGACCUGAAGACGAUGACUUUCCUGCAGGAGGUGGUGGAUAUUCUCCUGGCGUACAUCGUGGAGUCUUUCGACAGGUCGACUAAAGUGAUUGAUUUUCAUUACCCCAGUGAGCUGCUGCAGAGGAAUAACUGGGAGCUGUCUGAUGAACCUGAAACUCUGGAUGAUAUUCUGAUCAGCUGCCGCGCCACGCUCAAGUACGCCAUCAAAACAGCUCACCCCAGGUACUUCAACCAGCUCUCCACCGGAUUAGACAUGGUCGGCCUCGCUGCUGACUGGCUCACCUCCACCGCCAACACCAACAUGUUUACUUAUGAGGUGGCUCCUGUGUUUGUCCUGCUGGAAUACGUCACGCUGAAGAAGAUGAGAGAGAUCAUUGGUUGGGAAGAUGGUCGAGGGGAUGGCAUCUUCUCACCAGGUGGCGCCAUUUCCAACAUGUACGCCAUGUUGCUGGCUCGCUACAAGAUGUUUCCUGAAGUCAAAGAGAAAGGGAUGUCAUCAGUGCCCAAGCUGGUGGCCUUCACGUCCGAGCAUAGUCACUUCUCGAUCAAGAAGGGAGCUGCAGCUCUUGGAAUAGGAACAGAGAGCGUGAUUUGUAUCAAAGCCGAUGAGAGGGGAAAGCUGAUCCCUUCUGACCUGGAGCGGAGGAUAGUGGAGGCCAAGCAGAAGGGUUAUGUACCAUUCUUUGUGAGUGCUACAGCUGGAACUACAGUGUACGGAGCAUUUGAUCCUCUGAUUGCCAUCUCAGACAUCUGUAAGAAGUAUAACAUUUGGAUGCACGUGGAUGGCGCCUGGGGAGGGAGUAUGCUCAUGUCCCGGAAACACAGGUGGAAACUCAACGGAGUCGAGAGGGCGAACUCCAUGACGUGGAACCCUCAUAAGAUGAUGGCCGUGCCCCUGCAGUGCUCGGCUCUGCUCGUCAGAGAGGAGGGUUUGAUGCAGAGCUGUAACCAGAUGCAGGCGUGUUACCUGUUCCAGCAGGACAAACACUACGACCUGAGCUACGACACCGGAGACAAGGCGCUGCAGUGCGGACGCCACGUCGACAUCUUCAAGCUCUGGCUCAUGUGGCGAGCUAAGGGCACUAUUGGCUUCGAGGCUCAGAUAGAUAAAUGUCUGGAGUUGUCUGAAUAUCUCUACAACAAGAUAAAGGACAGAGAAGGGUACGAGAUGGUGUUUGAUGGAAAGCCUCAACACACCAACGUGUGUUUCUGGUACCUUCCUCCCGGCCUGCGCUACCUGGAAGACAAAGUGGAAAAGAUGAAGCGUCUGCACAAGGUUGCUCCUACGAUCAAAGCUCGGAUGAUGGAGUACGGGACGACCAUGGUGAGCUAUCAGCCGCAAGGAGACAAAGUCAACUUCUUCCGCAUGGUCAUCUCCAACCCAGCUGCCACCUUCGAGGACAUCGACUUCCUCAUCGAAGAGAUCGAGCGACUCGGACAGGACCUGUAACGCUCCCAAAGUCUCCAUGUACAAAAUGUUUGUUGUGAAUGUACGGUAAUUUCUUUCUUUUUUCCUCCUCUUCUUCAAAGUCUAAUAUAGGUGAAUAUGUUUAACGUCAGAAAAGUCCGUAUUUAAGUAUCGUAGUACUGUCGUGGACGUCUUGGUCCGAAGCCCUGUAGAAGUGUUAAUGUCCGCUCCUGUCUAUGUUAGCGUAAGCUUUACAUGUGUGGUGUGAGCGUGAAGAAUUAUUUGCUUCAAUCCUGUGCAAUAGGUCACAAUUUAUAGCGAAUCUAACUGACCAGAUAUUCUAAGUGCCAGAUGUCACUAUAGAGAUAUAAGAAGGAAAGAGAUUUAUUUAAAUAGAUGCAUAAGAGAGAGAGAGAGCAUUUAGUAUUACCUUAGUAUUGCCUUUACAUUCACAGGCAGCAUUUGAGUGUCAUUAAUUAGAGAAUACAGUAGAAAAUACACUGCAGGGUUUUUUUUUAGCCAUGUAGGGUUUAAUUCCUGCUGGAGCACAACUCUCGUGUUAUAUUAAACCUAGCACGAGACAUAAAGAAGCUUUACCUAGAAUGGUUUCAGAGUAAAAGGCUUUUAUCCAGUUGAAAACGCAGUAAGCAGAAAUGUAUUGUAUCUAUAGCAGGAGGAAGAGUGGCUGGAAGAUCUGAAGCUGGCUGAACCAAAAGGUCUUAACUAGAGUGUAAUAACAGCUAAGCACAAUUUCUAGAGACUAAUUUAUUCUGACCAGCAUAAAGCGCAUACUCCAGACUGACUGACUGAAUGACUGACUGAAUGACUGACUGACUGAAUGAAUGAAAAAUCCCAAUAAGGGUGCCACUUAUGGGUAGAUGAUUACCUUCAGAAUAAAAUUAAGCCAGAUAGACCAAUAGCAAAUUAUUUAAGAACUAUGAGAUAUGAUGGUUUCUUAUGAUUUUUUUUUAUCAGGGUUGGAAUGUCAGGAAAAAUAAAAUUACUUUUUGAGUAGGAAGGGAAAAGGUUUUAUUGGUUCAUAAAAACACAUCCAUCUGACAUCCAGAUGUUUAUAAUAUGUAAUAUCAUCAUUGAAAUAUCAUCAUUGCAAUCAUCAUCAUCAUCAUCAUCAUUCAGAGACAACGCAUGUGUCCGUGACAGCAUUAAGUCCUAUUCAGACUGGAUUAGUUUAUCUGAGGAGGUGGGGUAAUGUAGUAAUUCCUGGAAUAUCUCUGGAAUUGUAAUCCUGUAUGAAUCCAUCAUGUCAUUCAUUUAUUAUGGACUGCACGUGCAAAGAUUAUGUCAUAUUUUAACUAAAACAAGACUAGUAAAAAUAACACCAGGUAAUAUAUAACUCAUCCAAACGGACAUGCUGAUAAAGAUUCCCUUAUUUCCUGUCAGAAAAGAGGUUUUGAGCUUUUUCUUUAGUAUAAAGACACACCAGGAAGUGUUCGCUUCCUUCCGUCGUCCACAUCUGAACCCAAACCGAGUUUAAAAGUCAGAACAAUAAAAAAUAGCCAGUGACAUUUCUGGGGGUUUUAGAUGAGUUAGAAACUUCCUAGCACAGGUUUUAACGUACAGACAUGUUAUGGUCACGUGAUCUACUAAUGACCAAUCACAACUUGUGUGGCCUUAUAAUAAACACACUUAUAAUAAACAUCAAAACAAUCAGUUUAUAUUAAAAUGAGGUAUGUUUAGUGCUGGAAUUUUUAGUGUAACGACCAUAUGUGCAUUGCGAAGUCAAUACAGUGUAGUGUUGCCUUCCGGCAACGUUUCUCAACAGACAUAUGUCAGGAAAUCUUAUUCCAGUUGAAUAGUACUUUACUGUACUAUAAAUAAAUAUAUAUAAAUAUUUAUAGGACAAACUGAGCAUAUCAUUGCAAUGUAGCAGCUAAUGUUUACAUUUAAAUUCCAAAAAUUUGAGUUUUGCCUGCUUUCAGCAAGCAAAUUUUAUGCCUGGUCUUAGUGCAAAAUCAGUUUUUGACCAUUUGGUGCAACAGCCUUUUAAGUUACAACCAAACAAUUCAUAAGCCCUUUUGGUGCAGUCGGCCCCUGGAGAUCUUUUUCUACAGCCAUGAGUAAAAUAAUAAUUGAAGACUACAAGGCUGAAAUGUCAACAGAGAAGAUUUUAAAUCAAGAAAGAAGUGUGUGAAGACUAAAAGAAGAGCUUGUAGUUGUACAGUUGUACAAAAUGCUAUUAUUAUUAUUAUUAUUAUUAGUAUUAGUAUUAUUAUUAUUAUUAUUAUUACAACCUGAGUCUGUACCUGUGGCUCUUUCUGACAAGAUGAUGUCACUGAUGGAUAUCUGUACUUCCUGUCUGAGAGUGUUUGUCUACAAAUAGCUGAAAGAUGGCAGAGGUGUUAAAUCCAGAGCAAAGCGUUUGUAUUCAGAGCACAAAAGACUUUUCUAGACCAGGAAUUAGACAACAUUAAUCUUAAGUUAAAAUAUUUAGCAGGUUCUGACAAAGAACCGAGAUGUUAAUAAAUAAUCCAGUAAAUAUAGAGUAGGUGUAAGUGUGUGAGGUCUGUAUCUUUAGCAGACAGCAACAAAUACCAAUAGAUCUUAACACACACACACACAUAUAUAUAUAUAUAUUAUAUAUAUACACGCAGGCGCUAAGCGAUGAAACAUUUCAUUCUUAUCGCAGGAUCAGUCAUCUGUUCCUGUGAAUAAUUCACUCUUACAUACAUAAGCAUAUAGUGUACUGUAGUGAAUUAGUGCUAGAGUUUAAAUCAACCUAUAGCGAUGAAACAAAAUAUUAGCAAUAUUGCUAAGUACAUGCACUUAGACCAAAAGAAAAAAAUUAAAACUGUUUCAUAGUUUAAGCUGAAAAUGGUCAUCAUUUAGUGAUAUUGCUAAAAUUGAAUCAGAUAAGCUAAAUAAGAUUCAAGAUGUAAUGAAGACUGGACAUUUCACUGCUACACCAGCAGAGGGUAUAAUCACCAGUGUCUCACCAGAGUACUUCCUGUUUACCUCCUGGUUGUAGAGUAAUUAAGCAUUCAUUCAUUACGAAGUCUUGCCAAUCCUAGUGUUUGCUUAAGUUCCAAGCCGUGUUAUUGCUGAUUACCUUUAUGCUUUCUGUCUCUUGAACCGUUUUGUUUAUCAGACUUAUCCAAUGGCCUUGUGGAACAUAAUUAUCUGGGAUUUUUAUUUUUUAACCUCUACCUGCCUUGUGGAUAUAUGGAUUACGUUUUAACUUUGUUUGCUGUGAACUUUAUUAAGCCUCUUGUAAAUGGAUCCUCACUCUGCAUUUGAGUCUCCAUUGUUACAGAAGAUUUUGUGGAUCAGCGGAGGUGUGAGAGGAGCUGUGCUAAGUGGUAGCCUCCCAAGGUCAGUUAUUGGGAGCUUACGCUCAACAAGUUCACCAGAUUGCUACCACUAUGGAGGAACUAAUCAGAGUUUACAGGGGCAUCAUAAGACAGAUCCGCUGACCGAGUGUGUACUGCUACCCCGGAAGUCAGCUCGCAGAUACCUCGCUUAGCACCUGAAAAAUAGGAAAUACAGAAGACUGCUAGACUUGGCUACCACCAUUUACCAUACACAAAGUUCAUCAAGGCCAAAAGGUAAUCCAAAAAAACAAAGCAAUGAUUCAAGGCACACAAAGGUAAUCAUCGAUAACAAGGAUCGGAACUUGGGGAUUGGCAAGACUUCGCAAUGAAUGAAGGUCUACAAACUGCUUAAUUACUAUAAAACCAGGAAGUAACCAGCAAGUGGAUGGCUCUGGUGAGAGUGACCUCUGGUGGCAGGGAGGAGUAUCCAUUGUCCUCAUUACACAACAAUUAAUCUCUGUAGCACUUAGUUUAACUUCUGUGAGUUUUCCAUUAACAGUCCACUCUAAUGUUAGAAAUUCAAUCAAUCAUUAAAAAAAAACAUUUAAUAAAGUUAUUGUUGGUCAUGAUCUGUAAAUGGACUUCUUGACUAAGCACAUAUCUAUGUGAAUACAUCCAUGUACUGUAUAUAAAAGAGUCUAUUUGUGAGGUAAAAUAUUAUUUUCUCUAUUCAAAUAAUAAUAUGUAAUUGUAAUACUAUAUAUAAUAUAUAUACUAUAUAUACUCAUUCUGCUUGUGUAUACAUGAUUUAUGUGUAUAUUUAUCUGUGAAGGAACAUGCUUUGAUUUAACUGCAUUUUUGUGCUACAAACAUUAAUCUAAGAAAAAAUGUUUUAGACUCCAAUGAAGUGAAAUUCCAGCGAUUAUGGAAAGCCAUUUCUGAACCGAAGUCGGUUAUCUUUGUGCCCAAGUGAUCUACUUGACAUUAUGUGCCAAUAUGUAUUUUUUGUGCGUUUGUAACUGUAUUGCCUUAGUAUUUAUUGCUGGUAUUGUCUCGUUCUCCACGUGGGGAACUUUGUGCACUUUAGAUUUCCUGUAAGUCCAGUGGAUGUUCAUAGUUUUAACUGUUUUGAUGAAACUGUGAUUCGUCUGAAUGUGUCCCUGUUUUUGGAUUUGGAUGAAAAGUCACGUGUGAUGUUUAAAUUUGCUUCAGUUUGCGUUUGUAGUUUGCUAAAUACAUUGCUGCUUAUCUGUAUCCUUAACAUGUACAACGAAUGAUUUUUCCUCUUUUUAUUUUCAUGGAGGUGUAUGUAAGGUCUGUCCUUGUUCCAAAUUAGCAAGUGGACACAAAAGAAGUUGUAAAAAAGCUGUAGUGUCCUGGGCACGUUCUUUAUGUUGUCUCUUUUUUUCUCCUGCUGCUGCUGCUGCUGCUGCUAUCGGGCCUGCAAGUCUUUGCAUGUGCAUGAACGCCUCGCUUUUCCAAGCCUGUGAUGUACAAUAUUUACCCAAAUAUCUACUGUGUGAUAGUCUUAGUGCUAAAUGUAUAGCUUCGCUUUAAAUGUAGUGCUUCGUCGCUAGCUUGAUGGCUCAGUGUAGUAGUGUCGCUUCAAACAUAUUUAUCCGCUAAGCUAGCAUGCUCUGUGUGGCUAGAAAUCGUCUGCUUCUGCGAUCUAAUCUCUAUCUCUCUGUCUAUCGCUCUAUCGUCGUCUCUAAUAUUAGUGUGUGUAGCUCUCCAGCAUGCCUAUAUAUAUAUAUAUAUGUAGUCUGAAUCCUUCCUUCCUUCUACUGCACUCUGUCUUCCUCUUUCCUCUUUCUCUUUCUUGCUAAAGCUUUGCCCCUGCAAGCAGCAUUCAGACCUUUAAGGGCAGUGCACGCUCGCUCUUUAGCAGCUUGGUGCCCGAGGAACAACAGCUAGACCUUACAUGAGCUUUAUCUUCAUCCGACCAGACAGGGUCAACAUCGUUAUAUUGGUUAAAGCUAAUGUGAGUGUCUGUGAUUUGAAUUCAGAGGACGUUUGUAAGCCAGUGUGUCAAAACAGAUUAUAAUUCAGCCUCCAGUUCUCUUGAAAAUUUACCGUAUGUGACUGGGAAAUCACGAAUAAAUAUUCUUGUGAAAACAUU